AAGUGGAAGUGGAAGUGGAAGUGGUUCUGGUUCUGGUACUGGAGGUUUAAAUAUUGAACUUCAUCCAUUACUACGUACUAAUGCCCGUGGGUUUGCAUCCUCCUUCAAUCCCUACCUAAAUCAUACUGGCACCAUACCAAAACGGUCUCUCACUUUCAAUGCUCCCGGAAAGUAUAUAGAGCAAGCCAAUCGGGUUCGAGAUAAGAUACGAAGCGAAGAAGAAGAACGACGUAAACUUGAACUUACCAAAUCUAAAGGAUUAACUCCUGAUGUUAGCUUGGCUGAACACUUGUAUAAACUUGUUCCUCCUCCUCCUGUAGAAUGGUGGGAUCAACCAUACUUACGAGAUAGAUCGUAUGACAUGAUAGGAGAUGUUAAUCGAGUGAAUGCUGAUAAUGAUAUUCAACCAGUAUCAAUAUAUAUUCAACAUCCUGUACUUAUAAAGGCUCCAUGGCUUAAUCAUGAAGCCGAUGCUAAACCAAUGAUGCUUACCAAGAAAGAAAUGAAAAGAAUACGAAGAAAUACUAGACAAGAGUUACUUAAGGAUAAACAAGAUCGAAUUAAAUUAGGAUUGGAUCCUCCUCCGCCUCCUAAAGUUAAAUUAUCUAAUUUAAUGAAUGUAUUAACUAAUGAAGCUAUAAAGGAUCCAACAUCAGUAGAAAUAAUGGUUAAACAACAAGUAGAAGAAAGACUUCAGAAACAUCUUCAAACCAAUGAAGAGCGGAAGUUGACUAAACUUCAAAAACAUGAAAAGAUUCAUGCCCAGCAUGAAAAGGAUAUUCAAAAGGGAUAUCAUACAGUAAUAUUUAGAGUUCAUAAUCUAGAAAAUGGUCAGCACCGAUACAAGAUUGAUAUCAAUGCUAAACAAUGUGAACUAGUAGGGAUUUGUCUUCAGAAUCCACGGUUCAAUUUGGUUAUAGUGGAAGGAGGUGAAAAGAGUAUUAAAUUUUACAAGAAGUUAAUGAUGAAUAGAAUUCAAUGGGACCAAUCAGAUCGUAAUAAGUGUGACAUUGUAUGGGAAGGACAACUUUUGAACUUGAAUUUCCAGAAAUGGAGUUUUAUGCAUACAUCUAACGAUGAAGAGGCUAUCGGUCUCUUAGAGAAGUUUGGCUUGACUAGUUACUGGAGUCAAAGUAUAGCGUUAGAUAGUUAAGUAGUAGUAGUAGUAGUAAUAAUAAUAAUAAUAAUAUAAUGUCGCACUUUUGUGGUAAUGUCGUAUACUGCUCAUGUCUCGCACCAAUAGUGUUG